GCGCCUCCUUGAAACGUUUAGCAUUAUAAUAUAAACAUUUUUAAAGUAAAAUGUACACGAACUUCGCCAUUUUUGUAAUAUUGCCCUAAUUUAUGUAUCACAUGAUGAAUACAUUUGACAGAUUAUGGACUCUGUCCACCCCAUGUGAUUUGUAUGAUUUUUCUACGAUGUGUCAUUCGCAUCUCGCGAACCAUUUGUUCUUAAGAAAGGAAAGCUUUGACGAACGUUUGCAUUUGGUAUCUGCACUCUUAUUUUGUGAUUCUUGUCAGAACGUAAUAGUAUUUGAAAUGUUACAACACUUCGAACUUUGUCAAAUAAUGGAAAUAUACUAUACCUAGUAUUUGUAAAUGCAUCACAGCAGUUUCGUUAUAAAGGAUGACAGUUGGAAAGGUUAUGCUUGACAAUAAACUGCUUUAACACUUCAAGGUGUAACAAAUAAAAUAACAAUGGAGGAUAGUACAAAUGUAUUGGUAAAUGAUUAUACUGAAAUAGUCAGACGUCUUCCACUUAAGCUAAGGCUAGCAUAUGGCAUAGGACAUAUCUUAAAUGAUAUUUGUGCCUCUAUGUGGUUUACAUAUUUAUUAGUAUUUUUUCACUUUGUGCUGGGAUUUAGUCAUUUUAUGUCAGGUAUGAUUUUACUAAUUGGCCAAGUAGCUGAUGCUCUUGCCACUCCAUUCGUUGGUUUACAUUCAGACAAGAAUGAUGAUUUUUGCCUGUGUCGGUAUGGUAAAAGGAAAACUUGGCAUUUGUUCGGUACAAUAUGCAUUCUAUUAUCGUUUCCAUUUAUUUUUUCACCGUGCAUUGGGUGUGAAGGUGCCCACCAAUGGGCCCAGUUAAUAUACUAUGCAGCAUUUGUAGUGAUAUUUCAAUUUGGCUGGGCUGCAGUCCAGAUAUCACAUUUAUCUUUAAUACCUGACCUAACGCCCACUGAACAUGAAAGAACAGAACUCACAGCUAUUAGGUAUAGUUUUACUGUCUUUUCAAAUGUACUUGUGUAUUGUAUCAUGUGGGGAGUAUUACAUAUUACUAAUGAGAAUAUCCCAGAAUCUCAAAUAGGGCCAAGCGAUGCAUAUAAAUUUCAACACAUUGUAUUUCUUGGAAUAGCCAUUGGUUUUCUAACAUCAGUCAUAUUCCAUAUUUACGUAAAAGAAGGUGCUGCUAGUGAUUCUGCAGGUCCACUACGACGAAAUACACGAACGGCAUCGACUUUAUUAAAAGACAGUCGGCUGUAUCAAGUGGCGUGUGUUUAUAUGCCAACAAGAUUAUUUGUAAAUUUAUCACAGAUUUAUAUACCUUUAUACCUGACAGAGACGUUGAACCUGGCUGCAACAUCCCUAGCUAUUACGCCUUUAACAAUAUUCCUCAGCAGCUUUGUAACGUCUUUAAUUAUCGAAAGACUUAACAGAAAAUUAGGUAGACAGAUCUCGUACUCAUUUGGCGUAUUGUUAGGGGUAUGUGCUUGCGUAUGGAUAUGGUUUGGUAAAGGCGAUGCCUAUGUUACUUACGAAAUCUAUCCAGUUUCUAUACUGUUGGGCGCUGGGGGUUCAAUAAUGUUAGUCACUAGCCUUGGAAUAACUGCUGAUUUGAUCGGACAAAGUACUGAAAGUGGUGCUUUUGUUUAUGGUGUCAUGAGCUUCACGGAUAAGCUUUGUAACGGAUUGGCUGUUAUUGUAAUUCAAUAUCUGCGGUGCUCUGACGACUGUCCAAAUUAUUACAGGGAUGUUCUAAGUUUUGCCUGUGGAGGUGCUGCUGUUGUAGGACUGUCAGUGAUAUUUUUUAUCAAACCAUUUACGUAUGAAAAUGAUUAUAGGACCUUGGAUUCAAGAGAGUCAUCAGUCCAUGAAAAUACAUCUGUGAUGGCGAGAUCUGUAGUGAGAGAAGACUCUGCAGAGUAGUGCUUUAUUGUAAUCUAUAUAUUGUACUGCUCUAAUUAGUUGAUGACAGAUAGUAGUUAAAUAAUUAAUUGAAAUUUGUACCGCUAAUUUAUAGUACUGGCUGUACUAUAUUGAUAUGUUAUGCUGAGGGUAACAGACAUUCUUUGAACAUAAGUGUUAGCAUCAAUUGUUAAAAUUUCCAGAGUAUAAUAAGAGAUCUUUUUUAAAUGUAUAUUUUUGCUUUGUAUUUGUUACAAUUUUAAUACUAUAAGAGAUGUACUUACAGAGUAUCAGUUUAUAAUAUGUCAGUUUUCUAAUCCAUCCACAGUAUGGAUAUGCGCUUAUUCGAUUAUUAGACUAGUAGUUAUUCUUUAUGUGAUUACUGGUAUUUUGAAAGUAUAGAAAUGAAGUCUAUUAAAUUUAUAAUGAUGCAACCAUCAAGCGCAAGCGUUAUUUAUGUACAAUUGUAACAACAAAGACGAACUAGAUAAGUUUUAACUUAUGAUUUUAAUGACAUAUUGUAAUAUUAAAUAUUAUGUAAUCUACAUUUAUAAUGUAGACAAAUGCUAAUCACGAAACCUUCUGUUCCCAUUUCUUAUAUUGGAUUCUAAAUAUAGUUAUUGAAUGAAAAAUACAGACCUGGCAAUAAUUAAAUAAAACUAUUACUGGUCCAGAAUAAUAAAACAUUGUUAAAGAGAAA